AUGCAUAUCCAGCGUGAUGAACAUUCACGAAAACUAUGUUAUCCAGUAAUUGGAUUAAAAUUAGAAGAAUCAGUUGAACGUCUUCAAAUCACUUAUCGUUUAACAACAAAUACACGAAAAGUAUCAAGUGUUAGUGAGAAAAGUCCAAUCGAUGAACAUCCAUUAAAUUAUGAUGAAUAUAGUAGUCCAUUUGAUAUUUGUACUGCAUCCUACAUACCAAUUGAUCGGUAUAAAAUUUAA